UAUUUAUACACAUUCUCUUAUAUUAUUUCUUCGAACAACUCACAGCUAAUGGUUGCUUUAUAAAAAAAACGUUGAUGGAACUAUAUACUCGUCCAUUAAUCUUUCGCUCUUUAAAGGGUUUACAACUUUUAUUCGCUCUUGUAUGUCUAUCUCUAGAAAUAACACAAAUUGUUGAAUCUUCGAAAUAUACAUCGAUUCCAUUUAAAUACUUUGGAGAUUUUAAUAAUCUCGGGAUGAAGGUAUUCUUUUAUGUUAUAAUUCCGAUAACAAUACUUACUGUUGGAUGGUAUUUAAUAAAUUUUGAUUCUUAUUGGAGAAAUCCGUCAGCUUAUAGAAAUGUAGGAAUUGAUAGCUUUUUAACAAUAUUAUGGGUAGUUUCAGGAUUAACAAAUAUAAUUCCAAUAUAUUACGGAAUUAUGUUAAUAUGUCCAACGACAAUGGCAUCACUUGAUCAUAUUUAUGAAAGACAAUUAGUAUGUCAAACAUAUAUAGCGAGUAUGUCAAUUGGAUGGGCUAAUGCAGUAUUAUUUAUGGUAUCGACAUUAUUUUCAUGGAGAUUAUCAAAAGAAUUAGAAUGGAGAGGUGCAAUAACUUCAUUUAAUAGACAAUCUUCUAUUAGUCAAUUUAGUAGGAGAAACAGUAAUCGAACAUCAUCAAUUCCAUAAUAUUAAUUGCAUAAAUUCUUUUUGAUCUAGAAAAAUGAACAAUUUAUAAACGUUUAAUUAUUAUAAAUCCGGCAUAAUAUAAAAUAUAUAUUUACAUAUACAGUAUAUAUAUACACAUAUAAU